AUGCUGUACAUCCACAACCGCCUUGCAGGCGCCACAGCGAUGAGUCGUGAACUCUCUCCUGAGGAAGACACGUCUGGAGCCAAGGUGCUCCUCAUCAACAUGCGCAGUCAUCAGUCUGAUCUGCUCGAUCAAACGCAGCAGAGCCACGUGGACCAUCGUAGAUUUUUUCUGGACAUUCUCAAUCGCAACGGCGACUUGCAGAGACCAGGUGUGCCCCGCUUUGACGUAAUGCAGCUGGAGACACUGAAACUCUCCGUGGAUCACACACACAAGGACUGGAUGGAGUUGGCGCAGCUCAUAAAAAAGGAGUACCACAACUACCGCGGAUUUGUAGUGGAGAGUGGGUCAGACAGCAUGGUAUCUACCUCUACAGCGAUCAGCUUCUUGCUCGAAAACCUCGGCAAGCCAGUGGUCUUCACGGGCUCUCUCAUCCCUGGUGAUCGCAUCUACACCGACAUGAAGCGGAACAUUAUCCUCGCCUUGGCAUUUGCCAGCUGUACGCAGCUCUGUGAAGUCUGCAUUCUGUUUGAUGAGAUGCUCUACCGCGCAAAUCGUGCCAUCAAAACGAGUCGAUGCAGCUUGCGCCCCUUCGACUCGCCCCACUUUCCCCCCAUCGCAUCGAUGCACGGCGGCGUCAUGACAAUUCACAAGGUGCUGCUACGCCCGCGCCCUACCGGUCGACUGCGCAUCGAGUCUGAGUUGUCCACAAAGGUGCUCACACUCGUGCUGGGGCCAGGGACGCCGUUCGAAUUUUUCCUAGCCGCUAUUGAGAAUACAAGCGCUCCGGCGCUGAUCCUUUGCUGCUACGGAUGCGGUAAUGGUCCGACCCGACAGGACUUUAUGAAGCGCCUCCUCGCAAAGGCGAAGGCGCGCGACUUGGUGGUAGUGAUUUGCACGCAGAACCGCUAUGGGGUGGUGAUGCUGUCCGAAUACAAAGCGGGGCGUCAGCUCAUGGACGCUGGGGCCAUCAGUGCCUGUGACAUGACACAGGAGGCGGCUAUGGUGAAGCUGAAGUACUUGUUUGGUCUUGGCAUGUCCUCGGAGCAGGUGCGUAAGUCCUUUGCUGUGGAUAUGCGCGGAGAAGUAUCCUCACCGUCGGCAAAGCUGUGA